AUGCCGGUCACCCCGAAAGGCCCGCUGCUCUGGAGCGCACCUGGGCAGGGCUCCGGCUCGCGAUCCCGGGCCCAGCUUCCCCCCUGCCCCUCAGAGCCGCCCAUGCAGAGACCCGACGGGAGGGUCAGCUCACAUGGCCAGCCCCUGUGGGCCAGGGGCGGAGCUGAGGACGCCCACAGCCUGGGCCCCAGGGAGGUGUGUCAGCGAGAGGCGAAGGUGCUCAGAUUACCUCCCCAUCGGAAAUGUGUCCACAGCCCCAUGUUCAAGAGGAAGGCGCGAGCGCAUCUGGGCAGGGUGCAGAGCGCGCUGCUGGGUCAGCGGUGCGCGAGCGCGCUGCUGGGUCAGCGGUGCGCGUGCGGCGCCGGCCGUGUCCUGCGUGCCUUCAUGUGCAUGGACAGCAGCCCACGGGGGAAGGAACCCAAAGACCUUCAGCCCCGCACCGACUUGGCUCCGCCCCUGUGUCCGGCCCCGCUGGGACCGCCACGUGACCGCCCCCGCCAUCUUCCUCCCUGGCGGACAUUCCGAGCGGCGGCGUCUCCGUCCCACUGCGCAGGCGCGGCCCAGGGCGCAGGCGCACGGGCUGAGAACGCGCGCCACAGCCGAGCCGGGCUCGCUCUUUCCAGGUCCAGCCACGACAUGGCCACCGCCCUCCUAAGGAGAGUGGCCUCCGCCGUGGGCCCGCUGCUGCAGCUGGGGGGCCGCCCGCUUUCCGCGCUCGCGCCUGCACCCCCGCGCGCUGGUCCUGCCGCCCACGCGCCCCCCGGCCUGGUCGCCGCGCUCCUCACCGCGCGCCCGGUGCUCGGCCUGCAGCCCGCCCUGGGCUUCAAGACCAAGGGUGUCCUCAAAAAGCGCUGCAAGGGCUGCUACCUGGUGAAGAGGCGCGGGCGCUGGUUCGUCUACUGCAAGACCAACCCGAAGCACAAGCAGAGACAGAUGUAGAAGCUCUGCCCGUGAGCCGGGGCUGCCGCACUGAGAGGACGAUGGCCCGUGAACACCCUGCAGCCUUCCAGCGCGCUGACUCCCUGCGGCCUGGCCUGCGGCUCACCUCCUUGUGGCCCCGGAUCCGGCCAAGCCAGAGCCCCACCUGGGAUCGGGCCCCUCUCACCUCCAGUGUGAACUCAGCUGUGUUGGUGCUCCGGCGGGCGGGCGGACGGACGGGCGGGCUUCUGGUGGAGGGAAAGCUGGCUUUGUCCGUCGACAGAGGGCAGGUUCUUGCGAGGCUGCCGUUUCUGUUCAGCCACACCCGUGCUGCAGCCUGUGGAUUCAGACUCCUGUUCUCGACAUUCCUGCCUCCAGGGUGAGCGGGGAAGGGCUGGAUAGCCGGCUGUAAGUCAGGGAAGACUGAACUCGUUUAUAUGUAUAUAAAUGUAUUUUGGACACUGAUGAAA